GCCAAAGGUGGUCCUGAAGUGCUGAAUAGGGCAUGGGCUUAAAACUCGUAUCCUCUCUUUCUCCCUCUAAAAUUCGAUUCUACCCAGUACCCAUUAACAACCAUAUCGCUGUUCUCAAUCUAAAUUGACCAGACAAAUCAAUUGGAUGAUGUUGAGAGUGUGGAAAUGGUACCAGAAUUGCUUGUCGGUUCAUCCAGUGAAGACCCAGGUCAUCAGCUCCGGAUUUCUCUGGGGCGUUGGAGAUAUCGUUGCCCAAUCCAUCACUCACUCUACUGCCAAGAAACAUCUUCAAAUCUCUCAGGAUGCAGGUGAAGAAUUUAAAAUUAACUGGAAACGGGUCGCUAUCACUAGUAUGUUUGGAUUUGGUUUUGUUGGGCCAGCAGGGCACUUCUGGUAUCAAGGCUUGGACCGAUUGAUUAGGUUUAGGCUUCAACUACAGCCAAAGUCUGUACGAUUUGUUGCUACUAAAGUUGCAUUGGAUGGUCUAAUCUUUGGCCCCUUCGAUUUGCUUGUGUUUUUCACCUACAUGGGAUUUUCAGCUGGUAAGAAUGCUGCUCAAGUUAAGGAAGAUGUGAAAAGGGAUUUUCUCCCUGCGUUGAUUCUGGAGGGCGGUGUAUGGCCAGCUGUUCAGGUUUUGAAUUUCCGAUAUGUUCCAGUGAAGUACCAGCUUCUUUACGUAAAUAUCUUCUGCUUGUUAGACAGUGCUUUCUUGUCAUGGCUGGAACAACAGAAAGAUGCACCCUGGAAGCAAUGGUUCAUGUCAGUUCCUUCUCUUAAAAAACAAGAAGGUCAAGGCAGAUAAUGGUCUCUGCUAUCUCUUCCCUUGCGUUUUUCCUCUUCAGUAGUCUUGAUGGAUGAUUCACAGCAUUUCAUUCAUGUAAAACUGUAAGAAACACAAAUGAAGAAAAAAUAAAAAUAAAAAAUGCCAACUUCUCCUUUUUGUAA